AUGUCUCACUCACUUGAUUGUGGUCGUGAGUGGAGGACUAUCUGUAUAACUCAGGCCCUCUUGGUCAACUACAACACCCAGCAACCCCAGGCGACCACUGAAACGCCAAAAAAGAAACCGGAUCCCGUCACGUCGGAAACCGUGGUGAUCUGGGGUUUGCGGCUUUGGCAAGUGGUUGGAAUUUUUGCCAUUUUUGUGCUGAGUGUUAUCAUCACCCUCUGCUGCAUCUUCAAAUGCCGCAUCCCGAGGACCAAGAAGGAGAUCGAAGCGCGCUACGCCAAGAGGCAGGCAGCAAAGAUGUACGCGGACAAGCUGGACACCGUCCCCCCCCUCAAUGAGCUGACCGAGAUUCCAGGAGUGGAUGCCCAGAAGAAGAAAGAAAAAUCGAAAGACGGAAAAAAAGAAAAGAAGAAGAAAUACUCCAGGAACUUGUUCACUUUGCAAAAAUCAUUAAAUCAAUGA